AUGGUUGAAGGACCAGGCUGUACUCUGAACGGAGAAAAGAUACAAUCAAGGGUAAAGAGAGGACAAAAAGUCAUAGAUAUCCAUGGAGGCGCAACAGCCGUCACACCAAACAAUGGGCCUCAUACAAACUCCUUCCAGGUCUUCAGUGGGUGUCAGUACAGUGGUGUGGAGACACUGGGAAAAGAGCUUUUCAUGUAUUUUGGCCAAAGAGCUCUGAGAGUUCACUUUGGAAUGAAUGGCUCCAUGAGGAUCAACCCAAGUGACAGAGAGUCCAGAAAGGGAUCAUCCCCUGUACUGGAAGUCAUGCUGACUAAUGAUACCAUUUGCUUUUUUGACGCAACUGUGGAAAUCAGACUUACAGAAGAUUGUGCCCAAAAAGUGUGGUCUAUGGAAAGCCUGGAUGUGUGCUCUCCUAAAUUCAGUUUCUCUCGAGCUGAGGACAUGGUGAAAAGGGAGAGCUGUCGCAUGCUGUGCGAUGUUCUGCUAGAUCAGUCAGUCCUGCCUGGAGUGGGAAACAUCAUUAAAAAUGAAGCUUUGUUGGACAGUGGACUUAACCCUGCUGUUAAGGUCAACCAGCUGACAGAUGAACAGAUCCACCACCUAGUGAAGAUGACACGUGACUUUACGCUGCUUUUUUACAAGUGUCGUAAGUCUGGAUCUCCUCUUUACAAACAUUACAAAGUGUACAAACGUCCGAACUGCGGUCAGUGUAACGGGAAAAUCACCGUCUGUCGACUUGGACAGGACGGAAGGAUGACAUACUUCUGCCAGCACUGUCAAAGCGGGGACCCACACCAGGUUAAUGUGAGCAAGCUUCCAACCCGGAAUAACUUGGUGGGAUGGGUCUCCAAAGGCGGCAUGAGAUCAGGUGGUGAGGUAGCGAAGAAGGAGGAGGAGGAGUGGACCUGUAACCUCUGCACUCUGAUAAACCAGCCCAGAAGCAGCUCAUGUGAUGCCUGUCUGACACCCCGCCCAGAAUGCCCCAAGGAACAGGUAGAAGAUGAGUUUUCAACCUUUAGCAGAGAUUUGAUCAAGUACCCCUGCAAUGCCUUUUCCAAACCACAGGAGGAACUGAAAGUCAACAGAAAAACUGUGUUUGGAACCUCCACUCUGGUUUUCACAGAUCUCAGUAAAAAGUCUUCCCCAGUGAGAAGUUCCCCACUCAGUUCUGGGAGUAGUCGUUUGAAUUUGCUCGCCUCAGAGAGAGAUUUAAAUAAACAUAACCUCAGCCAAGGGAAAACAAGUCCCAAUUACGCCCUCAGUGCCUCUCGGAGAAGAAGCUCGGAGAUCUCCAGUGGGGAAUUUAUGGCCUCCAACAGUCAGCCGCAAAAGAAAAUGAGAAUUGAUCAUGGUUCUUUUUCUGUGAACAAAGCACAGAGUGGACAUCAUGGCUUAACAAGUACCCUUCAGAUAAAUGGCACAGGAACAAGUGCAUCGUCCCCUCCCAGCGUCCCCUGCUGCGCCACUCACCAGCGUCCCUGUACUCUCCGUGUGGUCAGGAAGCAGGGGGAGAACACAGGCAGGCAGUUCUACGUCUGUUCUCUGCCUCGGGAAAGGCAGUGUGAAUUUUUUGAGUGGGCUGAUUUACACUUUCCCUUCUGUAACCACGGGAAGCGCUGCCUCAUGAGAACGGUCUUGAAACUCGGACCCAACAACGGACGCAACUUUUACGUUUGUCCCCUUGGAAAGGAUAAACAGUGUGAGUUUUUCCAGUGGGCUGAGAACGGCCCUGGAAUAAAGAUCCUCCCGGGGUGCUGA